AUGGACCACGCCGCCGCCCACUCCCCUCGCCCCAUCGACCUGCGGUGGCUGCUCUCCGUCGUCGCCGGCGGCCUCUUCGCCCUGUUCAUCAUCGCCGCCUCCCCGGUCCCGUUCCCCUCCGCCUCACUCUUCCUCUCCCAGCAACAAACCUCCCCCGCCCACGCAGCGUCCUCCCCGCGCGCCAAGGACCUGCCCCCGCUCUUCGUCGACUCAUUGCUCUCCGCCCAGGCCCGGCCCAGCGCGCCCGCGGCCCCCUCGCCGCCGCGCUUCGCGUACCUCAUCUCCGGCUCGGCCGGCGACGCCGGCAUGCUCCGCCGCUGCCUGCUCGCGCUGUACCACCCCCGGAACCACUACAUCCUGCACCUGGACGCGGAGGCGCCCGACUCGGACCGCGCGGAGCUGGCGGCGUUCGUGGCCGCGCACCCCGUCCUCGCCGCGACGCGCAACGUGCGCGUGGUGGAGAAGGCCAACCUCGUCACCUACCGCGGCCCCACCAUGGUCACCACCACGCUCCACGCCGCCGCGGCCUUCCUCUGGGGCGAAGGGCGCGGGCGCGGCGCCGACUGGGACUGGUUCAUCAACCUCUCUGCCUCCGACUACCCGCUCGUCACGCAGGACGACAUGAUGGACGUGUUCUCGGAGCUGCCGCGCGACCUCAACUUCCUUGAUCACACCAGCGACAUCGGCUGGAAAGCGUUCGCGAGGGCGAUGCCGGUGAUCAUCGACCCGGCGCUCUACAUGAAGAAAAAGGGCGAUCUGUUCUGGAUACCUCAAAAGAGGGAGUUGCCCACCGCCUUCAAGCUCUUCGGCGGUUCAGCGUGGAUGGUGCUAUCGAGGCCGUUCGUGGAGUACCUGAUCUGGGGGUGGGACAACCUGCCCCGGACGGUGCUCAUGUACUACGCCAACUUCAUCUCCUCCCCGGAGGGCUACUUCCACACGGUGGCCUGCAACGCCGACGAGUUCCGGAACACCACCGUGAACCACGACCUGCACUACAUCGCCUGGGACAACCCGCCCAUGCAGCACCCGCACCUGCUCACCCACGCCGACUGGGACGGCAUGCUCGGCAGCGCCGCCCCCUUCGCGCGCAAGUUCCGCCGGAACGACCCCGUCCUCGACAGGAUCGACGCCGAGCUCCUGUCGCGCGGCCCCGGCUCGCUCGCGCCCGGCGGCUGGUGCGCCGGGGAGGUGCGGCCUGCCGGGAGCUACAACCGGACCGACGGCGAGGAUCCGUGCAAGGCUGUCGGGAACGCCGCGGACGUGCGGCCUGGCCCCGGCGCCGAGCGGCUGCGGAGCCUCAUGACGUCGCUCCUGUCGGAGGAGAACUUCCGGCCGAAGCAGUGCAUAGUAGUAGAAGAACGCAAUGUUCAGAAGAACAGAACUGAAAUCGAUGGGCGUGCGUGAGCAGCUACGUACGUAGUGUGGCGAUCCAUUCUUUCUUCUGGCUGGCAUUUCAUUCAGCGUAACAAUUCACGCAAUGUAUAGCGCAGACUACUACGAUCGGGUCCAUCUUUGGAACAGAGUGAGAUUUCUCUUCACGCGGCAUGUAGGUGAUACCUCAACGAUGGUAAAUGAUACUAUGUGCCUAUAACUUGAUUAUACAUGUAAAAGUAUGUACCACUUGGAUGCAAAAUGCGCCAACACAUAUGUAGUUUUGUACAUACAGGCGUAUAUUUUCUACUACA